UGAUUGAGUAUUGGCCAUCUUGCCGGGUUUCUAUUAACGAAGAGGAUAAAGCUAGUGAUGCCACUUGUAAAGGAGAUGAUUUUCCCAUCGUUAAUUGAUAAGCUCCGUACCACGAAUGCACCCGUGCACCGGCGCAACCCCGAUAAAAAAACGAUCAUUUCAAAGUGAAAUCGUUUCAACACGAAGCAGUUACUCUUUCAUCAAGUACAAGGAGUUUUAGUAGUUGAUUGAGUUUAGGAAUCACUUGAGAAUCAGGGAGGGAAAUGGAUUUUUGUUUUUUUUUAAUUGGGUUUAAAGAGUUUAAUAAACCAUUAGACAAUAUUGGUAAUAUAACUUGUUAUUGCGGUAAUUGUCAUAACCAGUCGGCGCAUGCUAUUCGAACCAUUAACUGUAUAACUUUGUUUUUCAUUCCGGUGUUACCCUUUUAUUUUUCUAAAAGAUUGAAGUGCUCCAUUUGCAAUGCUUCGGGAGAUCUCAACAAGGAGGCUCUAAGUAGAUUAAAUGAGGGUCAGCCCGUUGCAAUUGGUUAAAAGUAUAUAGAAUACAUGAUUGUUCUUUGAAUAUCCAUUGUAAACUGGUAGGAUGGUUGUUGAUGUAGCCAAAAGCUUAAACCUUAGCCGUUCAUCCCGUCCUUCUCU